CGGCGCUGGCCCCGGGCAACGAUCGGAACUCGGACACGGAAGCCUUGGCCUCCCAACUCCAGGCCCCCAGCCCUGGCUCGGAUUUCUAGGCCCUGGACCAGUCUGACUCCAGGCCUCAUCCUCCCUGUAUCUGCUCCUCAGCUCCAGCAUGGCACCUUGGGCAGUGGCCGAUCUUCAGACAAAGGACCGUCCUGGUCCAGCCGCUCCCUGGGUGCCCGCUGCCGGAACUCCAUCGCCUCCUGCCCCGAGGAGCAGCCCCACGUGGGCAACUACCGCCUGCUGCGCACCAUCGGGAAGGGCAACUUCGCCAAGGUCAAGCUGGCCCGGCACAUCCUCACCGGGCGGGAGGUUGCCAUCAAGAUUAUUGACAAGACCCAGCUCAACCCCAGCAGUCUGCAGAAGCUGUUCCGAGAAGUCCGCAUCAUGAAGGGCCUCAACCACCCCAACAUCGUGAAGCUCUUCGAGGUCAUCGAGACGGAGAAGACACUGUACCUGGUGAUGGAAUACGCAAGUGCCGGAGAAGUGUUUGACUACCUCGUGUCGCACGGCCGCAUGAAGGAGAAGGAAGCUCGAGCCAAGUUCCGACAGAUUGUGUCGGCCGUGCACUACUGUCACCAGAAAAACAUUGUACACAGGGACCUGAAGGCCGAGAACCUCUUGCUGGACGCCGAGGCCAACAUCAAGAUCGCCGACUUUGGCUUCAGCAACGAGUUCACACUGGGCUCGAAGCUGGACACCUUCUGCGGGAGCCCCCCGUACGCCGCCCCGGAGCUGUUCCAGGGCAAGAAGUACGACGGGCCGGAGGUGGACAUCUGGAGCCUUGGCGUCAUCCUGUACACGCUCGUCAGCGGCUCCCUGCCCUUUGACGGGCACAACCUCAAGGAGCUGCGGGAGCGCGUCCUCAGAGGGAAGUACCGGGUCCCUUUCUACAUGUCCACCGACUGUGAGAGCAUCCUGCGGAGAUUCUUGGUGCUGAACCCCGCCAAACGCUGCACUCUCGAGCAAAUCAUGAAAGACAAGUGGAUCAACAUCGGCUACGAGGGCGAGGAGCUGAAGCCAUACACGGAGCCUGAGGAGGACUUCGGGGACACCAAGCGAAUAGAGGUGAUGGUGGGCAUGGGCUACACCCGGGAAGAGAUCCGAGAGGCCUUGACCAGCCAGAAGUACAACGAAGUGACUGCCACCUACCUCCUGCUGGGCAGGAAGACUGAGGAGGGUGGGGACCGCGGCGCCCCAGGGCUGGCCCUGGCACGGGUACGGGCGCCCAGCGACACCACCAACGGGACAAGCGCCAGCAAAGGCACCAGCCACGGCAAAGGGCAGCGGAGCUCCUCCUCCACCUACCACCGCCAGCGCCGGCACAGCGACUUCUGUGGCCCCUCCCCGGCACCCCUGCACCCCAAGCGCAGCCCAACCAGCACCGGGGAGGCGGAGCUCAAGGAGGAGCGGCUGCCAGGCCGGAAGGCGAGCUGCAGCGCGGCGGGGAGCGGGAGUCGGGGGCUGCCCCCGUCCAGCCCCAUGGUCAGCAGCGCCCACAACCCCAACAAGGCGGAGAUCCCCGAGCGGCGGAAGGACAGCACGAGCACCCCCAACAACCUCCCUCCCAGCAUGAUGACCCGCAGGAACACCUACGUUUGCACAGAGCGCCCAGGGGCCGAGCGCCCGUCCCUGUUGCCAAAUGGCAAAGAAAACAGCUCGGGCACCCCACGGGUACCCCCCGCCUCCCCCUCCAGUCACAGCCUGGCUCCCCCAUCUGGGGAGCGGAGCCGCCUAGCACGCGGCUCCACCAUCCGCAGCACCUUCCACGGUGGUCAGGUCCGGGAUCGGCGGGCAGGGGGCGGGGGCAGCGGGGGCGUGCAGAACGGGCCCCCAGCCUCGCCCACGCUGGCACACGAGGCUGCACCCCUGCCCGCCGGGCGGCCGCGCCCCACCACCAACCUCUUCACCAAGCUGACCUCCAAGCUGACCCGUCGGGUCGCAGACGAACCUGAGAGAAUCGGGGGACCUGAGGUCACAAGUUGCCAUCUACCUUGGGAUCAAACGGAAACCGCCCCCCGGCUGCUCCGAUUCCCCUGGAGUGUGAAGCUGACCAGCUCGCGCCCUCCCGAGGCCCUGAUGGCAGCUCUGCGCCAGGCCACAGCAGCCGCCCGCUGCCGCUGCCGCCAGCCACAGCCGUUCCUGCUGGCCUGUCUGCACGGGGGUGCGGGCGGGCCCGAGCCCCUGUCCCACUUUGAAGUGGAGGUCUGCCAGCUGCCCCGGCCGGGCCUGCGGGGCGUUCUCUUCCGCCGUGUGGCGGGCACCGCCCUGGCCUUCCGCACCCUCGUCACCCGCAUCUCCAACGACCUCGAGCUCUGAGCCACCACAGCCCGGGUCCCUUCCUCUUCCUCUCUCGUUCCCUUCACUUCUGCAAGAGGAAAGGGGACAGGGAGAGGAUUCUCCUUUUGUCAUCACCUCGGGUUCCAUGGAUUUGGUUGGGGACACAAGUUAUCCCCUCUGCUGUUCUCCGGGGCUGCUUGGCACUGGAGAAGGAUGAGGGAACUGAGCCGGGGGAGCUGGCACCCUCCUGGAGGCUCCAGCCAGUCCUGCUCCCCCUCACCCUGCCGUGGGGGCACCUGAGGAGACUUUGGGGGCAGGGCAGGCGGGAAGGGACGCCUAGGAGAACAUUCCUCCAGCAGCUCAAGAACUAGGCCUCGGGCAGGGCAGGGGAGCUGCUGAGCCCAAGACUGGAGAACUCGUGGGGGGCUGGGAAUGGGGUCAGAGAGGCAGAGUCCUUCCCCUCCCCCACCCCUCAUGCUCGAACCCCAAUUCCUGCCCCAGGCUGGCGCGGGGCACUUUGUACAAAUCCUUGUAAAUACCCCACCCCCUUCCUCUGCAGAGGUCUCUCAAGCUGCCGCUGACACCUCCGGUUUUUAAGUUAUUACCCCCCACCCUCCCACCAGCCCCUCACCUGCAGCCUGUUGCCCAAUAAACUUAGGAGAGUCCCCCACACUGACCCAGGGCUUUUCCUUCCCUGCCCUCCCUGCAGGUGAGUGGAGAGGAGGUGUGUGACCCAGGGCCAGUGGCUUCUCUCUGAGCCUGUUUGGUCAUCUGCAGAGCGGGGGUGGCGGGUGUGAGGGUGAAGGAUUGUAGUGGGAAAGGGCAGGACAGAACUUGGCCCCAUCCAGGUCCUCUCUUGGGGACCCCCAUUUAUCAACUCCCGCCAACUAUAUUACACUGGACUCAGCCUCUUCCUACUCCAGUAGUAAAUUUAUUCAAUAAACAGUCAUUGACCAGUGCCUA